AGGGAGGAGCGAGGAGGAGGCUAUGCCACCCCCCAGGGCAGGGAGGAGCGCCCAGCCUGGCAACCCCCUGCCCAGCCCCAGCCCCAGGCUGCCCCGCAGCGCCAGCAGCCCAAGGAGGAGGAGGAGGAGGAUGCCAACAGCUACGACUCGGAUGAAGGCACCACGCUGGGAGCACUGGAGUUCAGCCUGCUCUAUGACCAGGAGAACAGCUCCCUGCACUGCACCCUCAUCAAGGCCAAGGGCUUAAAACCGAUGGACUCCAAUGGCCUGGCAGAUCCUUAUGUCAAGCUGCACCUCCUGCCUGGAGCCAGCAAGUCAAACAAGCUGAGGACGAAGACGCUGCGCAACACACGUAACCCUGUGUGGAACGAGACCCUGGUGUACCACGGCAUCACAGAUGAGGACAUGCAAAGGAAAACCCUCAGGAUCUCUGUGUGUGACGAAGACAAAUUUGGCCACAAUGAGUUUAUUGGAGAAACUAGAGUUGCCUUGAAAAAAAUCAAAGCCAAUCAGAAAAAGAACUUCAACAUCUGCCUGGAGAGAGUAAUACCAAUGAAGCGCACUGGAACCACUGGCGCAUCCCGUGGGAUGGCUCUGUAUGAAGAGGAGGUAGAUCGUGGUGGGGACGUGGAGGAGCGUGGCAAGAUCCUGGUGUCCCUGAUGUACAGCACACAGCAGGGUGGGCUGAUCGUGGGCAUCGUUCGCUGCGUGCACUUGGCAGCCAUGGAUGCCAACGGAUACUCAGAUCCCUUCGUCAAGCUUUGCCUGAAACCUGACAUGGGCAAAAAGGCCAAGCACAAGACACAGAUUAAGAAGAAAACAUUGAAUCCUGAGUUUAAUGAGGAGUUCUUCUAUGACAUAAAACACAAUGAUCUGGCUAAGAAGUCACUGGACAUUUCCGUGUGGGAUUACGACAUCGGAAAGUCGAAUGACUACAUUGGUGGAUGUCAGCUCGGCAUCACGGCCAAGGGGGAACGCUUGAAACACUGGUAUGAAUGUUUGAAGAACAAGGACAAGAAGAUCGAGCGCUGGCACACCCUGCAGAACGAGAACCACGUUGCCAGUGAUUAA